CGGGGAAAUGUUUUGAGGGAAGGCACUGAAACUUAAUUCGUAAUCGUUGUACUUGCCUGGGGUAUGGCGCUCCCUUCCACUUCGCCUUACCACACACUGUUGGUUUUCUGUUUGCGGAGGGAGCGCUGUUUCUGCUGCAUCUUGCUGCUCUUCGCUACAGAUAACACUCGUUGGUGCUGCUUUAUCUGCACCACCGGGUUCCAAUUCCGGGUUCAAGUUUGCUGUUGCCAUUCUAAACUGUAAUAUUUCAGGUUCUAAAGUCGCUGGUUGUUUCUCGUUACUGCCUUCGUUCAGGAAAGUAGUAUCACGACUCACAAAAACUCUUCUGGUUCUUGGGUUGUAAAUUCGAUAACCUUUCGAUCCGAUUGCAUACCCGACAAAGAUACCUUCUUCUGAUUUCGGAUCCCACUUCUUCCGCCGCUCCUUGGGAAUGUGGGUCACUCUCGUUCCGAACACGAGCAAGUUUGAUGAAUCCGGCUUUCUCCCACAAAAUCGUUCGUCUGGAGUAACAUUGAGACCUUUCGUCGGAGAACGAUUUAUGAGAUAAUUAGCUGUUCUAACCGCUUCCGCCCAAAAUGACUUGUCUAACACAGCAUCAGAGAGAAGACAACGAGCACGUUCCACAAUGGUCCGGUUUAUUCGUUCAGCUAAACCAUUUUGCUCAGGGUUGUACGGCACAGUUGUUUCAUGCUGAAUUCCAUAAUGCCGCAAAUAUCGCUUCAUGUCCUCGUUCACAUAUUCUGUUCCGUUAUCACUUCUUAGUCGUUUUACUCGCUUCCCAGUUUGUGUUUCGGUGUUGUGGCACCGCUGGAAACACUGUCAGAUGAUACAAGCGCUCUCGAGCGGUGAGCGCGACAACCGGCGCACAAAAAAACGUCAUCGACAACCAAAUAAAAACAAAAGCAAAGUAUAAGGUUGAUGAGUAUACAAAAAUAGAAAAUUGUGAAAUUAAUUAAAGUUCAAAUAAUUGUUUAUCUGGGAAAACAGGAGGAUAUUAGGCGGAAAUUAGCUGGUUGAAGAAAAAGGGAGUUGUAGCAUAGAACUACUCAUGUGAGUAACAGUUUGUUACAAAAAAAAUGUCAUUAUUAAAUAAAGUUCAUUGCAGUUUUGAGCUGCUGAUAAAAAAAAGUUGCUUCAAAAAUCUAGUUCCAGACAACGUCCGAACAAUCUCAAAAAUGAGUAAAACUCGACGUACGGGACAAUCUAACCUCGAAACUGAGAUGGCAGAAGAGGAUCCAAACAAGACGGGGUACAACUGUGCGCGUUGCUCUCGUCCGGAUCAUGCCGAAAGUAAGAUGGUGUUUUGCGAUCAAUGUGAGAGCUGGUACCACUACGGUUGUGUCGGUGUGUCAUCACCGGUAAAAGAUGAUGAUGAUUGGAUGUGCCCUGACUGUCGUAAAUCUGGCGACGAAAUAAGAUCAGAGGGUGCCAGUGUUGGACAGAAUGCUAGUGUCGGUACUGAAGUGACGGAUCCCGAUCAGGAAGAUCAAGAGAUGGCAGUAGCCAUGAAAGCGAUAGAGCUGGAGAGGGAACGUAUGAAGAAACGACAGACGCAGAAAUUGAAAUAUGCCCAAAUGCAGCUAGAGCUGGAAAAAGAGAAACUUGAGAUGCAAUGGUACACUGAGAAGAAGAUCCUGGAAAUGAAAAUUAAGGCGCAAGCGGAAUUCAACCACAAGAGAGAUGCCGAGCGCAAGAAGUUGCAGCAGGAAUAUGAUCAGCUAAUCAGAGAAGGGUCCCGAGAAGAAAAAAAGGUGCAGCGGGAGAAGAAUGUGAAGAAAAACGUAGCUGUCGAAAAGAAAGAGGAAUUAAUAAGUACUGAAGAGUUUUACGAUGGCAACGUUAGCAAUUCAACUCCGGUCAUGCAAGCUGGACCUUCAGGAGUAAAAGGCGUUCAGGCAUCUAUUGUAAAGCAGUCAGACGCCAACGCGCACAGCGAAGACAGCAGCGGUUCUGAGUACGAAUCAGAGGGAGAAAAAGAAAUUAGAAAUAAAUCCGAAAAUGUCAUUAGAAGUGGACCAUCGAAAGCGCAGUUGUCAGCUCGACAGUUUUUGUCCCGAAAACUUCCACCGUUCUCUGGCCGACCAGAAGAGUGGCCUCUGUUUUUCAGUAGCUAUCAGACGUCGACGGAUGCAUGCGGAUUUUCAAAUCUAGAAAAUUUGGCCCGUCUUCAGGAGAGUUUGAAGGGAGCAGCGAGAGAUGUGGUUAGUAGUCGUCUUCUACUACCAGACGCGGUGCCUCAAGUCAUGGAAAUGCUUCGUAUGUUGUACGGACGGCCGGAGCAGCUUCUAGACUCUCUUUUGCUGAAAGUGCGUAAGGCUGAUCCGCCAAAGUCUGAAAAAUUAGCAUCGUUUAUCACGUUUGGAGUGAUUGUUCAGCAGCUCUGCGAUCACCUCGAAUCGACGAACUUGGAAGACCAUUUGGUGAACCCUAUGCUCAUCCGGGAAUUGGUGGAAAAAUUGCCAGCGGGUACGAAAAUCGACUGGAUACGGUACAAGCGGCAAGCGACGAAAGUGACGUUGCGAACAUUAGCAGAUUUCCUAUCAGAUUUAGUAUCUGCUGCGAGCGAAGUGGUAAAUUACGUUGAUACGUCUCAAGUAAGUGGUAGUCGAGUUGAUAAAAUAAAGAACAAGAGUAAGGAACAGGAGAGUUACGUCCAUGCACAUAGUGGAUUCGAUGGUGCCGUUGUGAACAAGACGCAGGGUCGAACACCUUGCGUGAUGUGUGGGCAGACAAAUCAUCGUCUGCGAAACUGUGAGAACUUUCGCCUACUUAGCGUACCACAGCGGUGGGAGGCGGUGAAGAAAUGGGAAUUGUGUCAAAUCUGUCUCAACGCCCACGGUAAAGCGAAGUGCAAACUUAAUAUUCGUUGCACAAUAGGAAAUUGUUCGAAGCUCCACAACAGUCUGCUUCAUUCUGCUGAGAUCCAAUCGAGCUGUAAUACUCACAGUGACUUCUCCAAGGAUUCGAUUUUGUUCAGAAUGGUGCCGGUUAGAAUUUUUAACGGUGACGUAAGCGUUACAACAAUAGCGUUUCUAGAUGAGGGGUCAUCGUAUUCACUGGUAGACAGUUCGUUGACCAGAAAACUAAAGUGCAGCGGACCAACUCAGCCGCUCCGCGUCACGUGGACAGCUGGAGUCUCCAGAUUGGAAAAAUAUUCUCAGAGACUACAGUUGACAAUCGCGGCUCGCGACUCGAACGAAAAGUUCGUGCUUCGGGAUGUACACAGCGUGAACAACCUGAAGCUGCCAACGCAGUCCAUGAAUUUCACUGACGUAGCCGGAAAGUAUCGGCACUUGAAGGGGUUGCCUGUAACCGAUUAUGCUUUGUCAACACCGAUGCUCCUGAUCGGGCUUAAACAUAUUGAGUUUUUCGCACCAAUAGAAUCGCGUAUCGGUCAACCAGGCGAACCGAUCGCGGUUCGUUCGAAACUAGGCUGGACAGUUUACGGACCACAAGGGACAAAUCGCGAAGCAGGUUUUGUGGGACAACAUUCGUGUAUAGGGUUAUCAAAUGAAGAGUUGCACGAUCUUCUUAAAUCGCAGUACGCCCUCGACGAAAAAGGGGGUUCAGUUAAAAUAAUGCCAGAAUCUGAAGAAGACAGAAAGGCUCGAGAAAUUUUGGAGAAACGAACAGUUCGGGUCGGCGAUCGCUUCGUGACCGGACUGCUCUGGAAUGAAGAGAACCCUACAUUUCCAGAUAGUUUGCCAAUGGCACUGCGGCGCAUGAAAAGUUUGGAGAAGAAAUUAUCGAUGAAUCCAGAACUGGAAGAGGCAGUAAGGCAGCAGAUAGUUCAGUAUCAGGUGAAAGGCUACUGUCACAAAGCAACGAAGGAGGAAUUAAUCUCAACAAAACCAGAAAAUGUGUGGUACCUACCGUUGAACGUCGUCCUCAACCCAAAGAAACCGGGAAAAGUUCGGCUGGUAUGGGAUGCGGCAGCAGAAGUGAAAGGAGUCUCACUCAAUUCCAUGCUCCUGAAAGGACCGGACUACUUAACCUCCUUACCUUCAGUAAUAAACAAAUUCCGGGAACAUCGCGUCGGAUUUGGAGGUGACAUCCGCGAGAUGUUUCACCAGCUUCAAAUACGAUCGGAGGAUAAACAAGCUCAGCGGUUCGUGUUCGAAAAUGAAGUUUACGUAAUGGACUGCGCCAUUUUCGGAGCCAGUUGUUCUCCAAGUGCUGCAAUGUACGUAAAGGAUAGAAAUGCUCGAGACUUUUGUGAACAGUUCCCAGAGGCUUCUGACGCAAUUAUUAACAGACAUUACGUGGAUGACUAUUUCGAUAGUAGCGACACCGUCGAAGAAGCGGUUCAGCGAGCGAGUGAGGUGAAAUUGAUCCAUUCCAAGGGCGGUUUCGAGAUCAGGAACUGGGUAUCAAACUCCCCAGCUUUCCUGGAGCAGAUGGGUGAAAAGGAGAAGAAUCAGGCAAUCCUCCUGGAUUCAGCCAAUCCCGAACGGGUGUUGGGGAUAGUAUGGAACACGACAGAUGAUGCUUUCACGUUCACCACCAAGAUGCAGGAUAAAUUGAUGCCGUACUUGUACGACGGAAAGGUACCAACGAAACGUGUUGUGCUUAGCUGCAUCAUGAGCCUCUUUGAUCCACUAGGACUACUGACACCGUUCACAUGUUUCGCAAAGGUGCUGAUUCAACUUCUUUGGAGAAUGGGUUGUGAAUGGGAUCAGGACAUCGAAGGAGAAGCGCUGGAAGAAUGGAGGCAAUGGACGAGACACUUGGGUGUUGUGGAGUCGGUGAAGAUCCCGCGACAUUACUUCGGCGACGCUUUGUCUCUUGAUUACUCGUCGUUGCAACUGCAUAUUUUCGCAGAUGCCAGCGAAAAGGCUUACGGCUGCGUCGGAUAUUUUAGAAUCAUGGCUGGGGGAAUUCCUCGGUGUACGAUGGUGCAAGCGAAAGCAAAGGUGGCACCACUGAAGCAGGUAUCGAUCCCACGAUUGGAGUUAAUGGCGGCCGUGCUUGGUUGUCGAUUAGCUGACACUAUAAGAGAGAAUCACAGCUUGACAGUGAAGCAAGUGUUCUACUGGACGGAUUCGCGCACCGUCCAUUCUUGGAUAGUUUCCGAUCAACGGAAAUAUAAGGCAUUUGUAGCGUUCCGGAUCGGAGAAAUCAUCAGUCGGUCGCAGCCAUCGGAAUGGCGAUGGGUGCCAACCAAGGUAAAUGUUGCGGAACAGCUAACCAAAUGGAAUAAAGGGCCACAGCUCGGUUCGGAUAGUUCUUGGUUCCAAGGUCCUCAAUUUUUGCGCAGACCGGAACCGGAAUGGCCACUACCACAACCAAAACCCCCAAAUGUGGAAGAAGAGAUGAGAGCGGCUUUCCUGUUACAUGAUAUAGAAGUCCAAAGCACGUUAGUGGACGUUUUAAGGUUUUCCAAGUGGAACGUUCUCGUCAGAACGCUGGCUUGUGUGAAGAGGUUCAUCGACAAUCUACGAGCAAAGCGAGAAGGAAAGGCAAUCGAAGUUGUGCCGGCAUCACAGAAGGUUAGAGCAUCGAUCUUGAAGAAGCUGUCGAUAAUCGAAAAACCGUUGGACCGCGAUGAAUAUCAAUUCGCGGAAAGUUGUCUGUUUAAAUUGGCUCAGGUAGAAGCGUAUCCCGACGAAGUCAGAACUUUGAUAAAAAGUCGUCAAGCAGAGGGGCCAGUCAGAUGCAAUAUGGAAAAGAACAGUCCACUCUACAAAGUGUCACCGAUCCUAGAUGAACUCGACGUCAUUCGCAUGGAAGGAAGGUUGGCAGCAGCGGAGUUUCUUCCGUUUGAGCUGCGUUACCCGAUAGUGCUUCCGAAAGGUCACCAGAUCACACGCAAAUUGUUGGACCAUUAUCACCAAAAGUACGGACACGCAGGCCGAGAAACGCUAACAAACGAAAUUCGACAGAGGUUCUACGUGUCCCAUCUUCGAGCUGAGGUGAGGAAGGUUGUGGAUAAUUGUGUAUGGUGCAAAACAAGAAAUUGCAAACCAAAAGCACAAAGGAUGGCACCGUUACCAGUACAACGCGUGACCCCUAAUCUGCGUCCGUUUAGCUUCACUGGAGUCGAUUUUUUUGGGCCUUUGCUUGUUACUGUUGGUCGGCGUGUGGAGAAACGGUGGGUGGCAUUGUUCACCUGUCUUGUGACAAGAGCAAUUCACCUAGAAGUCGCCCAUAGUUUGUCGAGUCAGGCGUGCUUGAUGGCGAUAAGACGAUUUGCUUGUCGGCGAGGUAUGCCAACGGAGUUCUUCUCGGACAAUGGGACAAAUUUUGUAGCAGCGAGCAAGGAGGUGAUUCAAACUAUCGUUAUAAGAUGCAAAGAAGCAUUUACAGAUGCAAGAACAAGAUGGAACUUUAAUCCACCGGCAGCUCCCCAUAUGGGCGGGGCAUGGGAGCGACUCGUUCGAUCAGCGAAAGAAGCGUUGUCAGCGUUGGACGAUGGACGAAAGCUAACCGAUGAGGUGUUGUUGACGGUUUUGACUGAGGCGGAAGAUGCGAUAAAUUCGAGGCCAUUAACGUACAUGCCCCAGGAAUCGGAUACGGACGAAGCACUGUCGCCAAAUCAUUUCCUUCGAGGUUAUCCGCCAGGUGGCGCGGAGUCGUACGUCGUUCCAGUAAACGAAGCAGAAGCAUUGCGGGAUAGCUACAAGCGAUCUCAGUUGUUAGCGGAGAAACUUUGGCAGAGGUGGCUGUUGGAGUACUUACCGUUCAUCAAUAAACGUACAAAGUGGUAUGUCGAUCGAGAACCAAUAAAGCCUGGAGUCGUAGUAUAUAUUGCGGAUAGCGAGAACAGGAAAACAUGGGUUCGUGGAGUUGUGGAGGAAGUUGUAAAGGGCAUAGAUGGUCGUGUCAGGCAAGCGGUAGUGCGGACGACCAAGGGUGUCUACAAACGACCGGUUACGAGGUUGGCGGUGCCCGAAUUCGAAGUCUGUAAGUCUGGCUACAAUCCGUGA